GACUAAUACUGUACUGGUGAUGUAGUGAAUAUGCCAUUGCAUCCAGUCUCUGUUAUUCCAGCUUGGAAUGUAACCUUUUGCGGCAUCUCUAGGAGCAAGAUCAAACAACAGGGCAAAGGCUGCCAUACAUGUAUUUCAAGACUAGCCUUCAGCUGGUGACCUGCCUGGACAAGGAAGAAGUACAACUGAUAUGUUAAUGAGUAAGAAAGCUUUGGGGCAUUCUAUGAAUCAGUCAAGUAACAUCUCAAAGAUUGGUGGUCCUACCUCUGUUUCUGCUUCUCAGAGCUUCUGUCGAGCAUCUACUACACCAUCCAGUAGGGACAUCUGUAGUUCCAGUGCAGUGUGUUCUGAAUGUUGUCAUCACAGUCCAGUGCAAUCUGCCGUUGUCUUGAAAAAUCCUGCCUGCCAGAAUUCCCUGUCCCAAGGGGCUACUGUGACAGUUCUCUGUCAGGAUACGGUGCAGGCUUCCAGGAGGAAUCUUCACGGCCGGGAUUGCAUCCUUGCUCCCAAGUCUAAGAAUGGGGAAACCGCCCGAGCUCUGAAAUUCUCCAAGUCUCUCAAUGACAUGGACCAGAAUGCUCAGAGUGCAGUCGAGAGCUUUAGCUACAUGGAUCGAACAUGCUCAGAAGACAAACUGACACCCAACCAGGAGCCAUGUUUAAGGUUUACCAAAUGUUCUCCCAUGGAGAAGAAAUCACUGAACCUUAGACCCUUUCCUUUGAGUAAUUCCAAACCCUCUUACUUCCGGUCACUCACGACCCUUUAUUUGAGCCCUUCUGGGGCUAGCGAUACGCACAGUGCAGUAAACAUCCCUCUCCUGGAGGACAAGUGCGACCAUGAAAUGUUCCGGAGUGUGAAGCUGCUGCGCUACCUUUUCUCCUUUUCUCGCAGCUCCAGCGCAAGCGGUCAUGAACUGGAGACCUACUCAGGCCACCUCCAGUCCGGGAAGUCCUCCAGCGUGGUGGUUGAGAGCACCGGUUUCUGCUCAGAUGACAUGGGAGACGACGAUGUCUUUGAGGACGGUGCCUCCGUAAGGCUGGACACUUGCGAGCUGCGGGCACCGCUUUGCUCUGUUGAGAAGGAUAGUGACCUAGACUGCCCUUCCCCGUUGUCAGAGAAAUGCCCCCCUCUCUCCCCUGUGUCCGUAUCCGGGGAUGCCUGCAGGAUAUGCCACUGUGAAGGAGACGAGGAGAGUCCUCUGAUCACUCCAUGCCGCUGCACGGGGAGCCUCCACUUUGUCCAUCAGGCCUGUCUGCAGCAGUGGAUCAAGAGCUCAGAUACCCGGUGCUGCGAACUCUGCAAAUACGAAUUCAUCAUGGAAACCAAAGUGAAACCUUUACGAAAAUGGGAGAAGCUGCAGAUGACAACCAGUGAGCGAAGGAAGAUCAUGUGCUCUGUCACUUUCCAUGUAAUUGCUAUCACUUGCGUGGUGUGGUCUCUCUAUGUCCUUAUAGACCGGACUGCUGAAGAGAUUAAACAAGGGCAGUCUACUGGCAUUCUUGAGUGGCCAUUUUGGACUAAACUGGUGGUGGUGGCUAUUGGUUUUACUGGAGGACUUCUGUUCAUGUAUUUUCAGUGCAAAGUCUACGUACAGCUGUGGAAAAGACUUAAGGCUUAUAACCGUGUAAUAUAUGUACAGAACUGUCCAGAAACUAGCAAAAAGAGCACAUUUGAAAAAUCUGGAGCAGCUGAGCCAAACACUGAGAACAAAGAUGUACUCGGAAGUCUCCAUGCAGAGACGAAUGGUUCACAUUACACAGAGCGUGAAGACUACAGAACAGAUAUUUUCCAUGUCUGAUCGUUAUACUUGAAGAUCUGGGCAAGCACCAUCUGCUCUGCUCAGCAAAGGUCUAAAGGUGAACUUUUUUCCUCCCCCUCUGUACUCCUGAAACAUAUCAAGUCUGUCAUGACUGCAAGUUGGCCUGCAAUAAUAAGAAAUCAGAGGAUUCAUGGUAAGGGAUGAAUGCGAGACUCGAUUGUCAUUGUCUCUCCAGCUAAACAACUGGCAGGUUUUGGACUUUCUCAGAAAUAUUCCAGACUGCAUGCAGGGGCAUGAAACGUUUAAUGAAAGAAUUGCUUCAGUCCACUGUGGGAAGCAUCCCAGAGCUAAAGCACCCAUCCAGCCAUUUCAUACAAGGUCUCCUUUGCUGGGCUGUACCAUUUCAAGUUGCAUGCCUGUACGUUGUGUGUAUGCAUACACACACAUGCACACACAAGCUCCCUGCACCUAGAAAACUAGCAUGGCAGGAGCAGGUCCUUUCAGUUCUGAGGUUAUACAGCUCAGGACCAGACUUGAUCUGUUAGUGAAUCUCACAAUACGUAGCUAGGCCUUUAAAAGCAGCCAUGAGGAGGAGGGACUUAGAUCAGGGAAGAGUGGUGGUGCUGGUGGUAGAAUUACCACCAGCUUCCUUGAUCCAAAUCCCUGCAUAGACAGCUCCUUUGUAAGGCUACACGACACAUUAGAAAAUCCAGUCACAGAUCUCUCACACGGCAAGAGAGCUUUCUUAUAUUCCAGCUUUAAAUCCAGCCUAUUCCUAGUAUUGCAACAAACAUUAGUUUUAAAAGUGAAUUGCAAAGCAUAGAGCGCUUUCAAUUCAUUUUUCUUUUAUAAACAUAUUCAUUUGAAUUUUCACUGCUAACAUAAACCCUAACUA